AUGAGCGAUCUAUCGACGAUCGUGGUUGACUUGGAUCGUGAUAGAAGACGCAUCCUGGACAAAGUCGAAAGUCAGGAAGAGAUUAUACAAGAUCUUCGCUGCGAAUUGAGCCUCUUAAGGUCCCGGAUGUCAGGAGAGAGAUUUACGGAAGAACUGCAAAUAAAUCAAGAAACUCACAAAAAACUGCUCGAUGAUUGUAAAAGAUUCUAUACAACCCCAAUAAAAAUAGACGUGGACCCGAUAAGGAACUCGGUAACAUCAGAAGCACCUUGGAAUGAGGAGAAUCUUUCGUUGCUCGAUUUGCUCAACGACCCGGACGAAUUCCCUAGGCUGGAUCAAAAUAUGACGACUUUGGCCGUUUCCCUGGAUCUUAUUGACGAUAUGCUGGAUAAAGGUUUCAAAUUAUUAGUACGGGCAGGACGGGCUCGCAGGCGUGGCGAAGCCGGCCGUCCUAGGGGAAGGAUACCCCGAAUAACAAACCGAAACCAAAAGAUUAUGAAUAUGGACAGAAAUAUGGAAAAAAUGUUACUGCCGCAGGGAAAUCGGACCCCCAGCGACAGGCGAGCGAGUCUUACAGUCCCAGAGGCUUGCCCGUCUUUAUCACACGAAGGGCUCUCUCCACUGUUGCCGACGGGCGGGGAAGAAAAUUUGGCUACCGUCGGGACCCAUUCGGAGUCAGACAAGGAUCCAUUAGACCUGACUUUUGUCGGGUGUUCUACUUCCGUCGAAUUGGAUGUCCCCGAGAAUCCGAAUCCUGUUGAUGCGGGCAUUGAAGCCCCUGCUCUUAGAGAUGCAAAGGUAAACGUUAAAAGGAAGGCCAAAGCCUCACCAGAGAUUAAUUCUUUUAGCGACGGAGAAGGAGGUCAAGGUGGUGAAACUCCGAAUAAGUCGACAAUAUCCCUUAGAAAAUUAAAAUCAAGAAAGAAGAGGCCUCACACACGUGCUGCGGGGAAAUCGCCAUCUCUUGAGGUGCCACCUACUGAGAAAAUGUCAACGGAGUCUGAAAAAGGAUCAGAUUCAGACUCCAAUAAAACCCGGAAAACACAUAAAAAAUCACUUGGUUCUAAAAACUGGACUAACGAGUCAAGUGUGGUCUUAUCAUCUGAUGACGAGGAAGUUGGCAAAGAUUUUGCCCCCCAAGAACUGAGAAUUAUGGGGGCUAAUAGCGUAGGAGUUAUGGGCCUGGAUUAUCUGGCCAAUAUCGAAUCUAUGCGGUCUAGGAGUCGCAACCUCCAAGGAGGUGAUCCCUCGUACCUGAGGCUCAGGAACAAGGAAUUAGCGGAUCAAAUUGACAAGCUGAAAUUAAACGAGGUCCUCAGGAACAGGGAAACGGAGGAAUUGAGAAGCAUGGUCAACGAUUUGAAAAAAGAAGUUACAUCUUUGAGGGACAAACUCGACGAAGUGGAAAAAGAUCGUAGGAAGGCUAGAGAAAGCUACAGGAUUGCCCAGCGGAAACUCAAGAAAAGUGGCAUCGACCCUAGUGAAGACCUGGAAGGAAAAGUUAAAAUGAUAGAUAAAGGAACGCUAACCGAGGAGGAGUUAAACUUACCUGAAUCAAAUACUGCAUACGGUGAAAGCCCACUAGUGGAGAAUCCUAAUGUGAAAAUUCUGGAAUCCGGCAAUGUCCUGGAACCUGAAAAGAAAAGAGAGAUUUUAUUAAUAAACAAACAAAUGAAAGACUUAGUAAGAAGGAAGGCAGAACUGAAGAAAGAUGUUAGAAUGGAUGAGGGCGAAACAGGUGGAGACUCUGGUCGGGCCAAAGAGAAAUACCUCCCCCAGCGGAUGCCGAGAAAUCGACCAAGGAUAAUCUCUGACAUCAGACUGGCUCCCCCGAGCAUCCCUAGAAACGAAUUUACUAGAAAAAUCACUAGAGACGAAGAACAGAAGGAUAGGGAUAUUCCCAGAGUCAGUUCAGGAAAUGAAGAAUGGAAAACAGCCACCAAUAAAAAGAAGCUUAAGGAGACAAGGAAAACUCAAAAUAGAGAUAGUUUACCCCCCAACUAUAAAACAGGUAAUGAGAGAAGCUCUAAUAAUGUUAGGGAUAAUCGCAGACCCCCUAAAAACGCGGCAGUCCUGAUCACCAGCCGCGACGCGCAACUUACUUAUGCCAACGUUCUUAAAAAAGCAAGAGAAGGCAUCUCCUUGAACAAACUGGAUAUUAAGGCCACCAAGAUUAGGCGCGCGGCAAACGGUGGCUUACUGAUAGAGGUUCUGGAUUCGGAUGGCGUUGAUAAGGCUAAUGCUCUAGUAGAUAAGCUUAGAGACAUUUUGCAUGAUCAGGCAAGAGUGGUAAGACCCACCAUUAAAGGUGAAAUCCGGUUGAUCGGUCUUGAUGACUCUGUAUCCAUCGAUGAGGUUAUAUGCUUAAUUGCACAAAAUGGGAAGUGUAGCGAGGAUGAGGUUAAAGCAGGGCCUAUUCGACCUAUGAACAACGGUCUGUUCUCCUCCUGGGCUCAAUGCCCACUAAGCGCUGCCAUAAAAUUGGCCAACAUGAGGAAUGUCAAGAUUGGCUGGACGGUGGCUAGAGUGGAUCUGUUAGAAAGCAGACCCGUUCGAUGCUUCAAAUGUUGGAGGUUUGGACACGACGACUACUUCUGCCGAACAGUCUGCACUAAAAGCGGGCCCUUCGUCAGGAACAUGCGGGUAAAAGUGCUUCAGGCUAAUAUCAACAGGAGUAAGCUCUCCCUAGAUCUUUUAAUCAACCAAUCUAGGGAAUUAGGCGCUGGAAUUUUACUAGUCUCGGAACCAAAUUUCAUACCGACAGCUGACAACUGGUUCGUUAGCGAGGAUGGAAGUGCCGCUAUUUUUACAGAUCCCACUUAUACCAGGAUGAAGACCUUUUUAGCUAAAAAAGGCCCGCAGUUUGUGGGGGUACAUUGUGGACCGUACCUUAUCGUAUCCAUUUAUAUUUCCCCUAGAGUGAGCCCUAGGGAGUUUAAUAGUAUCCUUGAUGACGUCUCGACAUUUUUAGCGUACCGUACUGAAAAAAUCAUUAUAGGCGGCGAUUUCAAUGCCAAGGCGAGUCUCUGGAAUGCCGGAUUCACAGAUAGUAAGGGUCUUGCUCUAACUACUUGGGCCGCUGAGAGAGAUCUCAGGAUCCUUAACACUGGCAACGCGUCCACAUGCGUACGCCCUCAAGGAAGCUCAAUAAUUGAUCUUACGUGGAGUUCCUCGGACAUUUUCCAGUUAAUAAGUGAUUGGCGGGUUAGGGAAGAUAUGGAAUCCCUUUCCGACCAUCUCUAUAUUGAGUUUAGUAUCCAUACAAUUAAACCGGAAAUAUCACCAAAUAGAUUGGUGCAACGCUAA